AUGAUAUACAUAUCAAAAAAUAUUUGUUAUUAAGCAAUUAAAGGGAGAGCUAACUCUCGUUUACUCAAUUUCUAACGUUUGAGUACAUUUAAUAUUUCAAAUUAUAACUUCAAUUCUAGUUAAAAACCUUAAAAUCAACACGAUAACUCAAAUGAGGAAAGUAUGGUGAUAAUAGUAGAAAAUAAACAUCACUAAAAAUUGUAAAGUGAAUACUUAAAGCAGAUAGAUUAUGUUUAAAAGCAUAAAUUCUUAGACAAUAAUUUUUAUCCUCUUCUUUCUAUCGCAACUGGAUUAUCUCUUGGUUCUCUAUAUGAAAAUUUAUAUUUAUUUUCAUUAGCGAUUCCAGGUUUUUACUAUCUUAACAAAUCAGAGAAGAUUCUACUUAAAAUAAACAAUAAAUUCAAGUAGAGAAUAUCAAACUAUGACGAACUUUACAAAUAAUUUAACAUAAUGCUCAUUAAUAAAAUGUGCAGUCAUACGAGAAUUUCGAAAUAUUUCACCUAAGAGACUUUAUGCUUGAAAGAUCCUUUGCUAUAAAAAUUAAAAGUAAACAGAAAAACCAUCUACAAAUAUGAAGUUUCUUUCUUUGAUUUAAAGAGUGGAGCAUUGGGAGAUAUAAAAACUGAAAUAGAAUUUUAAAACGACAAAUUUGCCUCUAAAUAAAUCGAAAUAUCCUUGGAUCAUCCAGAAAAAUUUAGUGCCAUAAUAGAAGAUCCUGAGCAUACAAUUAAUAUUUUGUGA